AACUUUUCCACUCUCUGGGAGAGAGAGAGCAUAGAGCAGACAGCGGGCGCGAGAUGCCGUGAGCUCGUAGUUUUCCUUGCAGAUUUGGGUCCAAGCGCAGUCUUGUUUGGUUUUGAGAUUUUCUUUAGUAUUCUUCAGUAAGACUGAAACUUACUUCUCUCGUACAGAACCUUCCUCUCCCUUCUCGGUACAUAGCUCAAUUUUUACAGUUUUGGGAUCUCCUUAAGGCUUCCCGUAUAGGCAAUGUUUAUGAUUGAAAACCCAUUAAUUCUUUGCAGGGAGAUUCUGGGUUCUGUUUCUUGGAUUCGAUCUGGGUGAAUUGGUACUGCCAUUCCAUCUGUAUAGCGAUAAAGGAAAAUGGGGAUUAUGUUUACUAAGUUGUUUUCUUCUUUGUUUGGUAAUAAAGAAGCUAGGAUCCUGGUUUUGGGUCUUGACAAUGCUGGGAAAACCACGAUCCUUUAUCGGCUUCAGAUGGGUGAAGUUGUGUCCACAAUUCCAACUAUUGGGUUUAAUGUGGAGACGGUGCAGUAUAACAACAUAAAGUUUCAAGUAUGGGAUCUUGGUGGUCAAACAAGUAUCAGGCCAUAUUGGAGGUGUUACUUUCCUAACACUCAAGCAAUCAUCUAUGUCAUUGAUUCAAGUGACACUGAUAGGCUUGUAAUUGCUAAGGAGGAAUUUCACGCAAUCUUGGAGGAAGAAGAGCUAAAAGGAGCAGUUACUCUAAUCUUUGCUAACAAGCAGGAUCUUCCUGGUGCACUAGAUGAUGCGGCAAUCACAGAGGCCUUGGAGUUGCAUAAAAUAAAAACUCGACAAUGGGCUAUCUUUAAAACUUCUGCUACAAAAGGAGAGGGUUUAUUUGAGGGCAUGGACUGGUUGAGCAAUACACUCAAAGCUGGAGGUGGUUAACUGUUAUGUGAAGGAAGGAAAGAUCUUUCUUGCUUUGCACGACGAAUUCACAGGUAAAAUACAUUAGCUGCUGGUUCAUAUAAAAUCCAAGAUGAGAGUCGUUCAUAGUAUGCAUCAACAACUAGUUCAUUCAAUCUUUUUUGUGUGCUUUUCCAACACAUUAGAAUGAUUAAGGUGUUUAACUCGUUCACAGAUUUAAUAGACUUGUACUUGAUUUUGUGGUUUGGUGAACCUAUCUUUUUUGUACAUUCGAUUGGAUUAAGCUUUUGCAUGAUAUAGAUGAUACAAUGAUGAUUGUGGCUC